AUGUUCAAUCGAUCCCAAGGGAAACAAGGGAAACAGCAGGGUUUUGCCAAAGAGCAGCGGAUUGCCGACGCCCAGCUGGCCAGCCUGAAACAGCUUGGUCUAAUCGGCCGCGACAAGAAGGGCUUCGCAUCCGCCUGGGGAGGGACAGAGCCUAUUACCACUGCCUCUGGCUCUGGUUCCGCUGCGAGGACGGGCCCCAAUUACACAACCAUCAAGCCUCCUGGCGACCCAGACAACGGGGCCCUCGUUCCCGGAAAAGGGGAGCGCACCUUCGUGGGCGCCGAGUGUGCUGUUUGCGAGGAGCCGCUGGAACAUACCCUUCGCGGUGAGCGUAUACUACAAUUCUCGUGCUCGCACGUUUCACACGAGGCAUGUUUCUACGAGUUCAUUCGGGAGUUCGAAUCGCAGUACUGCCCAACAUGCAAUGCGCCCCUUCAUCUAGACACGAGCCGUGGUGGCAAUGUCCUUGAUAUCGAGAAAAUCAGCAACAUGGUCCGAUCUGUUUCCGUCAACGACACGAGGUCAACGAACACACCUACACCAGCAGCGGCCCCGGCCCCGGCGCCUGCACCGACGCCAGCCCCAGCACCCGUCGAAUGGAAUGAUCACUCUGGCCGCCCACCCAGCCGGGGCUCGGCUGCGAGACAAGCUCCGAUGGGCCCUAUGCCGACCCCAUCUCGCGGCAGCCUCCGAGACAACAACUCGGACAGAUACGCAGGAGGACGUGUAGGCCACAUGCGCAGCGACAGCGAGGCUACUGGGAUGACUGGGGUUGCUUCUUCUGGUGGCUAUCCUGAGACAACCCAGAGCGGGCCACCGCGCCGUCACGACUACGACCUGCAGGCCAUGGAAACAAGCCUGGCUAGCCCGAAAGCUGUCGCGAGGAAUCCCAUCCCGGCACCAACCGUCACAGUGCGAUCCGAGUUCCCCACCAUCAACAGGUCAAGGCAGCAACAGACUCUCACCUGUCUCGUCACCGUCGAGGUUCCGGACAACAAAUGGAGGCCCGACCCCGAUGAUAUCCAGUCCGCUCCACCAAUGCCGCAUCAGAGGAUCGAGGAUUCUUUCCCCGCGAGGCCGCCAUCUCCGGCACAGAGCGCUCCUCGCUUCUACCCGUAUGAGUCGGCCGAGGUUUUGGAGGAGAUGACUGAGAAUCUGCGAAAUCGGGUCGACAAUUGGCAUGGACUGGACUUCAGCCGCUUUGGGAAACUGCGGCUGUACGGCACCUUACGGGUCGGCAAGGACAAGCUCUCAUGGCAGGAACUGGAGUGUUUCCUCUUCGCGGAGAUGCUCAUUUGCGUCAAGGAGAAGAAGAGCUCGGCUCCGCCCCCGCAAUGGGAAGACGGCGCGCCCCGCAAGACCACGAGAUGCACUCUCAAGGGCUCGAUCCUGAUCAAGAAGCACCUGAACGAGGUUUCUGAGGCCGGGAACAUGGAUGAGAAUAUUCUGACCCUGAGCCUUUCUGUUGCGGAGCUACCCCAGUUCCACCUGCGCUUUGAGAACCGCAAUCAGCUCAAGCUGUGGCAGCAAGCUCUGCUGGAUCUGAACGCAGUCGAAACAUCGCCCGUCCGCAGCCCUGACUAUGACCGGGGCGAGUUUUCGGGAGAAGAUGAGGAGGAUUGGCGAAGGGAUUCUACCAGGCCGCAAAGGGUCUCGUCGGUCGCUUCCUCGUGGGGUGGAGCAAGGUCUGCCACCACCGCGCCGACAGAUUACACGACAUUCCAAAGGAGCCCCCUUAUGGCCUCGGUCCACGUCCCUAUCGACGUGGUCGUGGUUGUGCCGAUUUCGUCUUCCAUGCAAGGUGUCAAGAUCAACCUGGUUCGUGAUGCCCUCCGAUUCAUGGUGUACACCCUGGGUGAGAGGGAUCGCAUGGGCCUGGUGACCUUUGGAUCUGGUGGCGGUGGUGUGCCUAUUGUAGGGAUGACCACAAAGGCCUGGCCCGGCUGGAGCAACGUUUUGUCGUCAAUCAAGCCCGUUGGGCAGAAGAGCCAUCGCGCCGAUGUCGUCGAAGGGGCCAACGUGGCGAUGGAUCUCCUGAUGCAGCGCAAGUACAACAACCCAGUGGCUACCAUCAUGCUCAUCAGCGACGCAUCGACAUCGGACGCCGACAGCGUUGAUUUCGUUGUAUCGAGAGCCGAGGCUGCCAAAAUCACUAUCCACUCUUUCGGCCUCGGAAUGACACAUAAGCCCGACACAAUGAUUGAGCUUUCCACUCGGACAAAGGCAUCGUACACGUACGUUAAGGACUGGAUGAUGCUUCGCGAGUGCCUGGCCGGCUGCUUGGGCUCCAUGCAGUCACUCUCGCACCAGAAUGUGAAGCUCAAGCUCAAAUUGCCCGAGGGGUCGCCCGCCAAGUUCCACAAGAUCAGCGGCGCAUUGCAGAUCACCAAGCGAGCAACGGGCAGAGAUGCAGAAGCUUCUCUGGGCGACUUACGCUUUGGCGACAAGCGAGACAUUCUUGUCCAGCUUGUCAUCCUCCCAGACAACUCAACCCAGGAAACGCUGCCGCAAGAUGCCUGGGAGAGCAUCGUGUCCGGACUCGAGGCUCUGGGCGGCCCGGUCGAGCAAGAGGACCAAAGGGCUGUCUCCGUUGAGGAGGUUCCACUGAUCCAGGCAGAUCUGACGUGGGGUGAUAUUUUGAGGGACGGGGCUGCCAUGCACCUCCCACGGCCGUCGCUGCUUGCCAUCACAAUGUUGCCGACCAGCUCCAACAAGAAGUCAUGGAACGGGACACCGCCAAUUCCUCCGCACCCGCAUAUUGUGCAGCGUCGUAUGGAGCUGCUCACCUCAGACAUGCUCACAAGAGCGCUCACUCUGGUGAGCAGGGGACAGCAUGACAGGGCGCACACCCUUCUGAACGAGACCCGCUCAAUCCUCAAGGGCCUGGGCAAGGGCGGUCUGCCACCCGUGCCCAGCAUGCCACCCAAGUCAAAUCCAUCUACACCACAUACUGGCCAGAACGACGCCUCACCUACCGCCGCCCUCACUCCUGACCGCAAACACACGCCAUCUCCUACGGCCUCGGCGACCUCGUCUGGCCAGAACGGCGGCUUCCAAGCCUCGGCUAUCCCACGCAGCCGAUCCAACGACGGCAUCGGCCUGGGCAGCAUGGGCACCGCCGCCGGCAUCGACGCCACCACGGUCGCGGCGCUCGAUGCAGAGCUCGAGUCCUCGCUCGAGUGGAUCAACCACCCGGCUGUGUUCGGGCGCGACAGCCGCAAGGCGGUACUGCAGGCCAUCGGGGUCAUCUCGUCGCAGAGGGCGUUCACGGUGCGCACGCCGAUCGAGGCGCUGUGGGCGGCCCGCGUGACGGGUGUCAAGAAGCUGACAGAGAAGAGCCGAGAGUGGCGCGACGAGGGCGGCGGCGAGGGUGGCAUCACAGAGGAGGCGUGA